AAUGGGGGAGAAACCGGCCAUAAAGGGGCUCUGAUGGUUUGAGUCAUGUAAUGCUUGUGAACCCUGCCCUGAUGUAUGUGACAGUGCUUUGCUUCACAUAAAGUGUAUGGAAACACAUAGGAGCAUCAGGAAGAGAACUAGGUGAGCUCCCAGCUUUGUCAGUCAGUGACACAGAGGAACAGCAGAUGGAUACAGCAAAUGAUGUGUGCUUUAUAAGAAAUCAGAUGUGAAAACUGCUUUCCCACCAAGAGGGCCUGACAAAACAAACAGCUUUGAAAGGAUUGUUAUCAGCUUCAAAAACCACAUCUCUGUACUGAAGUUUUGUCUUCUUUUUAAGAAGACGUGAGAUUUUGAAGCUACUCUCUCAGACUUCAAAAGAGGAAGAACAGGGGAGAAAAACAGAAAUAAUAUACAUGGCAAGAUCUCUUCUAGUCCACAGCAGCUAUUCUACUCGACCAGCCACAUCACCAGGGCAACAUGACAUUUGCAGGCAAAUAUGAAUUCGAAAGUGAUGAGAACUAUGAUGACUUUGUGAAGAAGAUUGGUCUUCCUGCUGACAAGAUCGAAAUGGGGAGGAACUGCAAAAUAGUCACCGAGGUGGUGCAGAAUGGAAACGAUUUCACCUGGACUCAGCAUUUCCCAGGAGGACGCACCACGACCAAUUCAUUCACUAUAGACAAGGAAGCAGACAUGGAGACAAUGGGUGGUAGAAAGUUCAAGGCAACAGUUAAAAUGGAAGGUGGGAAGAUAGUGGCUGAUUUUCCCAACUAUCGUCAUACUGCAGAGAUUUCUGGAGGAAAGCUCGUAGAGAUCUCUACUUCUUCUGGAGUGGUCUACAAGAGAACCAGCAAAAAGAUCGCUUAAUGCAUCAACGGCAGCCCCCUGGUACACUCAGAAAUAUGCAGCAAUACAAAUAAAAAUAUAAUUCUGAUCCUA